CAAAUUGCUCGCAACAGCAGCUCCCCCCCCCCCCCCCCCCCCCCCCACCCCCGAGAUCUCCCCGACCAGCCCCUCGAGAUCCCUGCGCCCAUGUCGUCGUCGGCCAUGGACGCCAUCGUCGAGCUCGUCGAGCUCUCCGAGUCCAUGCGCCAGGCCGCCUCGCUCCUCGCCGACGACGACCCCUCCGACGACGCCGCCCCGCGCCGCCCCUCCACCUUCCUCAACGCCGUCGCGCUCGGCAACGUCGGGUCCGGCAAGUCGGCCGUGCUCAACUCCCUCAUCGGCCACCCCGUGCUGCCGACGGGGGAGAACGGGGCCACGCGGGCGCCCAUAGUUGUCGACCUGCAGAGGGAUCCAGGGCUCAGCAGCAAGUCCAUAGUCCUGCAGAUCGACAGCAAGUCGCAGCAGGUUUCUUCGAGUGCGCUCCGGCAUUCGCUGCAGGAUAGGCUUAGCAAGGCCACCGGACCCGGGAGGAGCAGGACUGAUGAGAUUUACCUCAAGCUGCGGACAAGUACAGCUCCUCCACUAAAGUUGAUUGAUUUACCUGGCAUAGACCAACGAGUUAUCGAUGAUUCAACAAUUAAUGAGUUUGCUGGCCACAAUGAUGCAAUAUUGAUUGUUGUGAUACCAGCAAUGCAAGCCCCUGAGGUUGCAUCAUCCCGGGCUCUUAAACUGGCGAGGGAUAUUGAUCCAGAGGGAACCAGAACAAUAGGUGUCUUGAGUAAAAUCGAUCAAGCCGCAUCAGAUGCAAAAACAGUUGCAUGUGUUCAGGCCAUUUUGUCUAAUAAAGGCCCACGCACAGCAGCUGAAAUUGAAUGGGUUGCUUUAAUAGGGCAAUCUGUUGCAAUUGCGUCAGCUCAAUCAGGGUCAGUUGGAUCUGAGAAUUCACUGGAAACAGCCUGGCGAGCUGAGGCGGAAAGCCUUAAAUCAAUCUUAACCACUGCUCCUCAGAAUAAGCUGGGAAGAAUUGCUCUUGUUGAUACCAUUGCUAAGCAGAUACGUAAGCGGAUGAAAGUGCGGCUACCUAACUUGUUGUCUGGGCUUCAGGGCAAGUCUCCCUCCGGGUCUGGUUGGAAAAUUGUUGCAAGUUUCGAGGGCAAGUUUCCAGAUAGGAUCAAACAGCUUCCGUUGGACAGGCAUUUUGAUCUGAACAAUGUCAAAAGGAUUGUCUUGGAAGCUGAUGGUUAUCAACCAUAUUUGAUAUCCCCGGAGAAAGGUUUAAAAUCUUUGAUUAAAGGAGUGCUUGAAAUGGCAAAGGAGCCAUCACGACUAUGUGUUGAAGAGGUACACCGUGUAUUGUUGGACAUUGUAAAUGCCACUGCAAAUGGCACGCCAGGGCUCGGAAGAUAUCCUCCGUUCAAACGCGAGAUCAUUACAAUUGCAUCUAAUGCGUUGGAUACAUUCAAAAGUGAUGCGAAAAAGAUGGUGGUUGCGCUCGUUGAUAUGGAGCGUGCCUUUGUCCCCCCACAACAUUUCAUCCGUUUAGUACAAAGAAGAAUGGAAAGACAGCGCCGUGAGGAGGAGGUGAAAACUAAAUCAUCUAAGAAAGCACAAGAUGCUGAGCAAGCCAUGAUGAACAAGGAACAUUCCACCAUUUAUUUUGGCAAGAUCAUUACAAUUGCAUCUAAUGCGUUGGAUACAUUCAAAAGUGAUGCGAAAAAGAUGGUGGUUGCGCUCGUUGAUAUGGAGCGUGCCUUUGUCCCCCCACAACAUUUCAUCCGUUUAGUACAAAGAAGAAUGGAAAGACAGCGCCGUGAGGAGGAGGUGAAAACUAAAUCAUCUAAGAAAGCACAAGAUGCUGAGCAAGCCAUGAUGAACAAGGGUUCUGAGCAAGCUAAGUCGUCAAAAGACAAAUCCAAUCAGCAAGAUAAAGAUACCAAAGAGGGACCUAAUCUGCAGGUUGCUGGUCCUGGCGGCGAAAUAACUGCAGGUUACCUAUUGAAAAAGAGUGCAAAAAACAAUGAAUGGAGCAAAAGGUGGUUUGUCCUAAAUGAGAAGAGUGGAAAGCUUGGCUACACCAAGAAACAAGAGGAGAGACAUUUUCGAGGCGUCAUUGUCUUAGAGGAAUGUAACCUGGAAGAGAUAGAGGAGGAAGAGCUUUCUAAAACUUCUAAGGAUUCAAAGAAGGCGAAUGGGGCAGAGAAAGGCCCAAGUCUCGUAUUUAAGAUUACUAACAGGGUUGCCUACAAAACUGUGCUGAAAGCUCAUAGUGCCGUUGUAUUGAAGGCUGAGAGUAUGGCUGACAAGAUUGAAUGGGUGAAGAAGAUAAAAGGUAUUAUUCAGAGCAAAGGUGGGUCUGUCAAGAGUUCAAAUACUCCUGAGGGCGGUUCCAUGAGACAAAGCCAUUCAGAUGGAUCUCUUGAUACGAUGGCCCGGAGGCCUGCUGAUCCUGAAGAAGAACUCCGAUGGAUGUCACAAGAAGUUCGUGGUUAUGUCGAGGCUGUGUUGAACAGCCUGGCAGCAAAUGUUCCAAAGGCUAUUGUGCUUUGCCAAGUGGAGAAAGCAAAGGAAGAUAUGCUAAACCAGCUGUACAGCUCAAUAAGUUCACAAAGCAAUGCAAGGAUUGAAGAACUUCUCCAAGAGGACCACAAUGCUAAACGCAGACGGGAAAAGGCCCAAAAACAAUCGACUCUUCUGUCAAAACUUACUCGUCAGCUCAGUGUCCAUGAUAACAGAGCUGCAGUUGCAUCAUAUUCUGAUGAUACUUCUGGUCCGGAGAGUGGCCCACAGAGCCCUAGCCAGUCGGGUGAGGACUGGAGGUCUGCCUUCAGUGCUGCAGCAAAUGGCUCUGCCGACCGAUCCAGUUCACAGAACGAGUCAAGAUCGAGAAGUGCUGACAGUCGUGGUCGGCGGUAUGAAAAUGGGGAUGCCAACGGUGCCAAUUCAGGCAGCCGACGCACACCAAACCGGUUGCCACCUGCACCACCGAAAUACUAAGCAUGUUGAUUGGCAUAUGUGAGAAUCCUAUUUUUCAUGGCAUGCUCUCACUCCCACCUGAUAGUGAUGGGAAAACAAAUUGGAAUGAGAAUAGAGAGCUGGCGAGAGAUCGCAUGAAUGGUGUGUAUCCAGAGGACCUCAGUUGUUUAUAGAAAUAUGUAGGUUAUCUACGGUGGUUGUUUCGCGAUCAUUUUGCUAUAUUGAUCAGUCUGAUGCUCUCUCGGCCUGUGAGAUUUUGUUGCCACAGAUCAGUUGAUCUUGGUUCUGAACUCUGUUGUUGUAACUUGUAAGUCUUCCAUCAAACUGGCAAUGUAUCCUUUUCACCCAUUGGUGUAUUAUAUUCUUUCCAUUCUUUUUGACCUCA